AUGGGUUUCAAACAUCUAAUCACGGUAAAGGCAAACGAAGUUAUUCCGGUCCACAAGUACCGCUCGGAGCGCACUGGAUUAACCGUGAUUGUUGGUGAGGUUGAGGGUCCGGUGGUAAAUGGCUACUUUACCCUUGCAACCGAAGCGCACGAUGACGACGGCUUACCGCAUACGUUGGAGCAUCUUAUUUUCCUCGGUUCCGAAAAGUAUCCGUACAAAGGCAUUCUCGAUUUGGUGGCGAACCGAUGUUUGGCAUCGGGCACCAAUGCUUGGACGGAUCGGGACCACACGUGCUAUACAAUGACUACGGCUGGUAGUGAAGGCUUUCUUUCGUUGCUACCGGUAUACUUGGAUCACAUACUGUACCCAACGCUUACUGAUGCCGGUUUCACCACGGAGGUACACCAUAUUACCGGGCAAGGUGAGGAUGGUGGUGUAGUAUACUGUGAAAUGCAAGGACGUGAAAAUACGGGUGAAUCGAAAGUAAAUUUGGAAAUGCUGCGAGCGGUAUAUCCGGACUGUGGCUACAGCGCCGAAACGGGUGGAAUCUUGAGCAAUCUUCGUACGAGCACCAGCAACGAAAAGGUGCGCGCAUAUCAUGCCGCAUUUUAUCGUCCAGAUAAUCUGCACGUCAUCAUUACUGGACAAAUCAAUCCGGUGGAUAUCUUCAAAGCGCUCGAACCAAUCGAGGAGAAAAUUGUGUCCAAAGGUGCGCUACCACCGUUUGAGCGCCCGUGGCAAACGCCGGUCGAACCGUUGAAGGAUUCGACAAACAUUAAAAUAGGGUACCCGGCCGACGAGGAAGACUGUGGACUAUUUAACGUAGCUUGGAGAGGUCCGAAGGCGACGACGGAGUACGAUACGCUCACGGCAUGUGCGGUGCUGUUGCGCUACCUGACGGACACUUCUGCCAGUCCAGUCCAGCGAGAGUUUGUCGAAAUUGAUGAUCCAUACGCAAGCCGUGUAGCGUACAAUAUAGUGGAGAACUCGGUCUCAUUGCUAUACAUUUCGUUCGAAAAUGUUCCACGGGGUAAGGAGGAUCACAUAUUUACAAAACUUUCUAAACUGUUGGCAACAAUCGCGGAUGGUAAGGAAAAGCUGGACAUGCAACGGAUGAGGAACGUUAUCGAGCGGAACAGGCUGGAAGCGCUUAGUAGCUUAGAAUCAAAUCCUCACGACGAUAUCGCUUUUCAUGUCAUCGGUGAUGUGCUUUAUGGGUCGGAUGACAAUGAUUUUGAUAGCCGGUUGAAUGUAAAUCGGUGUUUGCAGACGUUGAAAGCGAAAGAAGACAGCUUCUGGUUAACGUUGUUAAAAGAUUAUAUUAUAAAUAACAAACAUGUGAUAGUGCGAGCAGUUCCCAGCAUCAAAGAGAACAUACGUACGGCCACUGUUGAGCAGGAACGGUUGGAAAAGCAACGCAAAGCACUUGGGGAAAAUGGGCUAAAAGAGAAGGAGCACAUGUUAUCCAAUGCGAUGGCAACCAACGAAAUAGCUCCACCGGAUGAGAUGAUAACUUCCAUACCUGUGCCAUCUACGGAAGGUAUCAAAUUCUAUCCGGUAGAAGUUUAUUCAUCCAGUGGAGUGAAAAAUCCCCCCGGAUUUAAGAUUAACGAUUUGCCAGUUUAUGCCGAAGCGUAUGAUUUACAUACGAAUUUUUGUUACCUUAAAGUUACGAUGAACACAGAAUCGUUAAGUGUGCAAUUGCGAUCAUACCUCGUUCUACUGCUGGAGUUAUUGACUGAAUCGCCUAUCCGCCGUGGCGAUACCUUGAUUCCGUACGAGGAGGUUGUGUCAACUCUCGAAUCCAACACGGUCGAAACGAUGACCGAUUUAGGGUUCAGCUCGUCGAGUCGCUUUAGCGUAGGUGCAUACUGCAGUACGGCUAUGCUCUACAUGCAAGUUGUGCGGGAAAAAUAUACAACUGGCAUUGAGUUGAUUACGGAGCUGUUGCAUAAAACCGAAUUUACUGUCGAACGCAUCAAAGUGUGCGCGACGAAACUAAUUAACGAAGUAGCCCAAGCAAAACGGGAAGGAAACUCAAUUGCUAAGGAUAUUCUUAAAGCUAUGCGGUAUCGCAAGGAUAGUAACGUGCGCAUUAGUUCACUGCUGAAACAAUCGAAGUUCCUUACGUCGUUGCUACAGAUGUUGGAACACCCAGAUUCAGCAAAUAAGGUCAUUGACAAUUUGAACGAGGCACGUGCGAUCAUUACGUUGCCAGAAAAUGUAGCCAUUCAUAUGGCGGCCGAUUGGAAUGCAAUGAAAGAUCUUGGGAUUGAUUUGAUCGCACCAUGGAAGCGGGUUGUACAAUCGGGCCUGACGCACGAAUCCUUCAAAAGGUUUACCAGCGUGCAUGAUUGGGAACAUAUGGAAAAGAAUUACGAUGCCCUCAACCCGUACUCCGGCGUGAUCGUUGGGCUGGGCAGUGUCGAGAGUGCGUUCCUGUUUCGGACAUGUCCAGGAAUAACCGAUUUUAACGAUCCAGAUCUUGUACCACUUUUACUGUUUCUGCAAUAUUUGACACAACUGGAAGGCCCGCUGUGGAAACAGAUUCGGGGCCAAGGAUUCGCUUACGGGUAUAACAUAGUACCCCGGCCAAACGAAGGAAUGCUGUACUUUACACUGUAUCGUGCGUCAAAUGUAGUUGCUGCUUAUCAAGAAGCAGUAUCCAUUAUGGAAAAACAAGUUAAUGAAGCAGCAGAGUGGGAUGCCACGCUAUUGGAAUCGGCGAGAAGUUCGCUAAUUUUUGAAAUAAUUGCACGGGAAAACAGCAUCGAAAAGGUGGUCAACACAUCAAUGCUGGCCAACUUCAAGGGAGUACCGGUAGGCUAUAAUCAAUUAUUAGUGUGCCAAGUUGGCAAGGUGACGAAAGAGGAUUUACAGCGUGUGGGAAACCGUUACGUAAGAAAUCUGUUUUCAACUACCGACACGUGCACUGCCAUCGUUUGCCACCCGGACAAAGCUGCCGAUGUGGCGAGUGCUUUCAAAAACUUGGGCAUUCAGUUGAAAAUCGAAAAAAGCCUGGAGGAAAGCGUUCUAGCUUAA